AUGGACGCAGACGAUUCGUUCGAUAGCCCCCGCGGAAAGCUUAUCGCGGGCCAUCGGCGCGGCCACUCGAUCGUCGUUGGCGGCGCGAUGGAGCGCCACAAGCUGCAAAAGGAGCACGAGGUGCAGCGGCUGCAGAGCGUGCUCGAGAAGCAGACCAAGGCGCUCGAAGAGUCCCAAGAAGAGACGCAGCUGGCCGCUCGCAUUGGUCAAUCGCUCUUGCUUCAGAAGCAGCAACUCGACUAUGAGAUCGAAGACCGCGUCGGCAGUCUUACGCAGCGCUGCGAGGAGGCCGAGACCCACGUCAAGAGCCUGAACGCCAAAGUCGCCGAACUUACGGCCAAGUACCGAGCCCUCGACCUCCAGCACGCCACGGCUCUCCACGAGCUCAGCGCGGCAGACGCCGGAGCUGCUACUGCAAGAUGCGCAGCCAAGGCCCUUCGCGACGAGUUGGCGUCGGCCAAAGACGACACAAGAUCCCUGCGACGCGCGCAGGACGACUUGCUCGAAGAGAUUGCCGGGCUUCGCGAGCGCAACAUCGCACUUGUGGCCGAGACCAAGCAGCUCCACGCGAACCGCGUCGCGCUGGAACAGCACUGCGACGACCUGCGCGACGUCAACCACGAGCAAGCACAGCGCGUGCGUCAGCUGGAGGAAGCACAUGCGAUGGCACUGGAAGCGCUCAUGGACGUGCAGCCCAAGUUCAAGGCGCUUCAAGCCGACCACGCGCAAUCCGUCUCCGAGUUGCGGCUGCUCACAGAGCAAUUCGAGACGACACGGGACGACGCCGAGUCGGCGGCGGCGCAGGAGCUGGUGGACACCAUUGCGACCGUUCCAACCCCAAAGCACUCGCGCCAGCCGAGCGAGCUGUCGUCGCCGCGUGGCCACACGCGACAACUGAGUGGCGCGCACAGCCGGCAAUUGAGCGACUUUGAUCUGAGCACGAUGCUGCACCAAGAAUCGGCGCUCGAGCGACGCCGGGCCGAGAUUCUCAAGCGCGGGUCGCUCUUCCACGAGCUCUCGAUUGAGCUCGAGAAGGAGUUUGUGGCCUCGUUGUCGCUCGAGGUGCAGCACCUCAAGCAGCGACUGGCGACGACCUUGCCACCACCAGCGACCGUAAAGGCCAAGGACGACGAUCUUGUCGACGACAUUCUCAAAGAGUUUUUCGUGCUCACGGCCGCCGCCAUCAAGAUGAACGGCGCGGGCUUGGAGAACGACCGCUGCAACAUCAGCAACGAAGUCUUGUACGAGAAGGCGAUCCAAGCUGGCGUGACGUUUGAGCGCUACUACGCGUGGAUCCAGCACGAGCUGGAAGGCAAGAACGUCCCGACGCGCUAUCCUCGCCGACGAGUCUAG